AUGACCACGUCCGCCCUGCAGAAGGCCAUUGACCUGGUCACGAAAGCCACCGAGGAGGACAAGGCGGGCAGCUACGCGGAGGCGCUGCGCCUGUACCAGCACGCGGUGGAGUACUUCUUGCACGCCAUCAAGUAUGACACGCACAGCGACAAGGCCAAAGAGAGCAUCCGGGCCAAGUGUGCCCAGUACCUGGACCGGGCGGAGAAGCUGAAGGACUAUUUGCGGAACAAGAGCAAGCAAAGCAAGAAGCCGGUCAAGGAGGCCCAGAAUGACAGCAAGGGCAGCGACAGUGACAGUGAGGGCGAGAACCCGGAGAAGAAGAAGUUGCAAGAGCAGCUGAUGGGUGCCAUUGUGAUGGAGAAGCCCAACGUGCGAUGGAACGACGUAGCAGGCCUGGAGGGGGCCAAGGAGGCCCUAAAGGAAGCUGUCAUUCUACCCAUCAAAUUCCCUCACCUGUUUACAGGCAAGCGCACACCCUGGCGUGGGAUCCUCCUCUUCGGCCCUCCAGGAACUGGGAAGUCCUUCCUGGCCAAAGCAGUGGCCACUGAGGCCAGCAACUCCACCUUCUUCUCCAUCUCAUCUUCAGACCUGAUGUCCAAGUGGCUGGGGGAGAGUGAAAAGCUGGUGAAAAACCUCUUUGAGUUGGCCAGGCAGCACAAGCCGUCCAUCAUUUUCAUUGAUGAGGUGGACUCCCUGUGCGGCUCCCGCAAUGAGAACGAGAGUGAAGCUGCUCGCAGGAUCAAAACAGAAUUCCUGGUGCAAAUGCAGGGUGUUGGGAAUAAUAAUGAUGGCACUUUGGUCUUGGGCGCCACCAACAUCCCCUGGGUAUUGGAUGCUGCCAUUCGGAGGAGGUUUGAGAAACGCAUUUACAUCCCGCUUCCAGAGGAGCUGGCUCGUGCCCAAAUGUUUAAGCUACACCUGGGCAACACCCCCCACAGCCUGACUGAAGCUGACAUCCAUGAGCUGGCCCGAAAGACAGACGGCUACUCAGGGGCUGACAUCAGCAUCAUUGUGCGGGAUGCCCUGAUGCAGCCAGUCCGCAAAGUGCAGUCAGCCACGCACUUUAAAAAGGUUCAUGGACCAUCUCGCACCAAUCCUGGUGUGCUGGUAGAUGACCUGCUGACUCCUUGUUCCCCAGGGGAUCCUGGGGCCUUUGAGAUGACCUGGAUGGAGGUGCCUGGAGACAAACUUCUGGAGCCCUUGGUCUGCAUGUCAGAUAUGUUGCGCUCGCUGGCCACCACCCGCCCCACGGUCAAUGCAGAAGAUCUCCUGAAGGUGAAGAAGUUCACAGAGGACUUUGGCCAAGAGGGCUAAUGCUGUACCUAUGGGACGCCCCAUUGUUAGGUGGGAGCAGCCAAGGGCCCAUUUUCCUGGCCAGGAGCAGAACAGGCCAAGAGUGGCUGGUGGACUCUGCCAUGCAGAAGCUUCGUUCUCCACCUGUCUCCGCUGGGGCAUCUCUGGCUGGGGAUGGAAGGGAGUCCACUGGGGGUACCAGGGGAUAAGAGUAAGCCUGACUCGGCCUGCUGUGUUUUUCUUCCCUUCAAAUACUCCAUCUUUCUGGUUUUUUUCUUUUAUUUCUGAUGCUUAGUUUCAAAAAUAAAAGCAACC